AAAUAUCUGGAUACUUGGCGAUUUCGUGUCAUUUAGAAAACGUUUUUUCCCCUCUUUAAUGCAAUACAGCAUGUGAAGUUAUUCAGUGAUGUUUUUCUUGCAUCAGCUUUUAUUUUGAAAUAUACUAACAGCAACCUGGUCGUUGGGCUUCGGUCUUUGGCGUUUUUUUUUCUGUCAAAGCUGCAGUGAAGAGGGGAGACGUGUGCGGUCAAAACUGCUGUUUGGUCACAUUUUCAGUCGAUUUUGUGGAUGAAGGUAAAGGAUUCCUGAGCGAGGUCUUCACAGUGGACUACCCACCAUGUCGGCCGAGGAGGAGAGGGGGGUAGUUCGUGUCAAAGUCAAGAAAUGUGAAGGAAUACUGCCAGUGGAGUUUCGCUCCUUUGCAGUUGAUCCCCAGAUAACGUCACUGGAGGUGUUGCAGCACAUCCUCAUACGAGCCUUUGAGCUCCAUGGAAGGCGUAAUUUUGGUAUUAGUUAUUUAUCCCGUGAUCGUGGAGGUGUGGAGGUCUACCUCUCUCUCCUGUCUGACUGGGACUUAGACGCAGCAUUUGUCAGCGCAGCUAAGCCUUACCUCCAACUUAAGAUGGACAUCAAGCCCUCAGAAGACAGUCCAGUGCUUGAGGACUGGGACAUUAUCAGUCCAAAGGAUGUGAUCGGCUCUGAUCAACUACAGGGGGAGAAGAGGUCGCUGGCGUCCACUGCUCUUCCCUUCACCCAGUCACUGCUGUCCCAGAUGGGUAGGACACUAUCUAGGGUGCAACAGGCCUUGAGCUGGUCCUAUGGUGAGGAGGUAAAGCCAUUCAAACCUCCUCUUAGUGAUACAGAGUUCCACAGCUACAUGAACAGCCAGGGUCAACUAACACGACCAGAGGAGCUGCGACUACGCAUCUAUCAUGGCGGGGUUGACCCAUCCCUGCGCAAGGUAGUGUGGCGGUACCUUUUAAAUGUGUACCCAGACGGUCUGACAGGACAAGAGAGGAUGGACUACAUGAAGAGGAAGACAAGAGAAUAUGACCAGCUGAAACGUGAGUGGACAGCCAGGGUCAGCCCAGAGGAUUUGGAGUUCAUUAGAGGCAAUGUGCUAAAGGAUGUGCUCCGAACAGACCGAGCCCAUCCUUAUUAUGCUGGUUCGGAGGACAGCCCCCAUCUGACUGCCCUGACAGACCUCCUAACAACCUUUGCCAUCACACAUCCACAGGUGUCUUAUUGUCAAGGCAUGAGUGAUAUUGCCUCUCCAAUCCUUGCUGUCAUGGACAAUGAAGCGCACGCCUUCAUCUGCUUCUGUGGAAUCAUGAAGCGCCUAGAAGGCAACUUUCGCCCUGACGGGGAGCUCAUGUCCAUAAAGUUCCAGCACCUAAAGUUGCUUUUACAAUAUUCAGACCCUGAAUUUUAUACCUAUCUGGUCUCCAAAGGUGCAGACGACCUGUUCUUUUGUUACCGUUGGCUGCUUCUUGAGCUGAAGCGGGAGUUUGCCUUUGACGAUGCCCUAAGGAUGCUGGAGGUGACCUGGAGUUCUUUGCCUCCAGACCCACCUGAGACUGAAGUUGAGCUUCUUGGCCCACCGCUUGAAACAGACCAGCCACUGAGUCUUGACAAUGGUCGCCAAAGCUCUGACAACGACGAGCUGGAGAAAGAUCACACAGAAAGGCAACGGAGACGCCACAUGCUGAGGCCAUCUCGGGAAGAGGCAGAUGGAGGACGCAGUCUCAGUUUUGAGGUAGAGAGGAAAGAGGAGAAGGCGUCUAAGAUGGAAAGUGAAGAGGAGUACAGUGUCCCGACUGUGGACAAGUGUGAUGCCCCUGCACCUCCUUUUGAGAAGCAGUCCAGUUUUGGAGAGUUCAAGUACUACAGUGCCCGGAAUGAGGACAGUUUUGAAAUGAAUGAAAACGACUCAUCUGAUCCCAUGUUAUCUCCAGCCGAGUUUCACUCCACACACUCAACGUUGCCUCUCACGGUCCGUCAGUCUACAGAGGACAGUGAGGAUGACCCAGGAGAGAGGCAGCCUUUGAUAAGCAGUACUGACAAACUUUCAUCUCCUGAGAUGGAGGAAAGAAGCUCUCCCAAUGGCCAGAUGGCCUCCCCUCUCCCUCCAUGUCUAGCCAACUGGAAAAAUGGCUCCACUCAGUCUUCUGCAACGUCUCCUUCAAUGUCUAGCUGGAGAACGGCGUCUCCUGAUGUCCCAGCAUCAAAAUCAUCUUCUUCUCCCGAUAAAGUGUUGGGGAGAUUGGCAUCCACAGCUGCUGUAUCUAAUGGAACUGGAGCACACUCCCCAUCAACCCCCACAGGCAAGUCAGGAGUUUCCUCUCCAUCGCUAGGCUACAAUCGCUCCCUGCUCUCCUCCCCUGUUUUGUCCUUUGGUAAAUCCCAAACUUUGCCUAAACCAUUCUCCAGCAAUCUUCCAUCACCAUGCAAACCUCCAGGUACUGGGAUGAACUCGCCAAAUACAGGCAAAUCAGAGGCUGGUGGUGUCAAGCCCUGUUCCCUUCCGCCUCCUCAAGAGUUUGGGAAGGGAAAUCCUUUCAUGUUGUUCCUGUGCCUCUCCAUCUUGUUGGAGCACCGUGACCACAUCAUUAAAAACAGCUUGGAUUACAAUGAGCUGGCAAUGCAUUUUGAUCGCUUGGUUCGUCGGCACAACCUUGGACGUGUUCUUCAGCGUGCCAAGGCCUUGUUUGCUGACUAUCUGCAGAGUGAGGUGUGGGACUCGGAGGAAGGGGAUGAGGUCAGCUUGGACUCUCCCACCACAGCUGCAACCUCACCACACACUCCCACCAGACCCACCUUUUCCAACCUGCAGCCAGCGAUGGCCACUUCCCCAAACUCUACCUACAACUUGGCCACCACAAUCCCCUCCCCCACAACCCCUACUGCCCACUCUCCUUCAUCCUGAUUCAUUCAGUGUCAUCCCCAGCAGCCAUCUCCCACAUGCAAACAGACGCAGGUGAAAACAAAGGCGAGCAGCCGUAGCCUUCUUUAGUGCUUUUCAUAUGCUUUAAUGUUUUUGUUUAUGUGGCAAACCAAAGUUGAGCAAGCGCUUCUUUCCCUAGCCCCUCUCUUGGUGUGCGAUUUUCCUCACAGUAUUUUUGUUCUGUAUCUUAAUGCCUUUAAGAUUUUUUUUCAUUGUACUGUAUGUAAUUUACUUUAUCUUGCACUUUAUCUUUUGUCCCUUAGAGGGCAGGGCCAGUUUUUUUUUUGGUCACAUUAUGUAAAUAAAAGAGAACAAGAAGAACAGCUGUAGGAACUUUUAACAGCAAAAAUAAUGCUGGACAUACUCCAACAAAGCAACAACUAUGGGCUGCUAUGUGUUUAAUAUAAGUCUCCUUGAGUGCCCUGCUCCAUUAAUCCUGACUUUUGCGUUGUUUGCAUUGUUUACUCAAGACCCCAAUAUUUUUUUUCUGAAUUAGUUCUGAAUUACAGGUGCUUGAGUUUGUCACUCAGAAUUCAGUUUUACCAAAUAAUCUGAUGUUUUGAGAAAAGACCAAUACACACUCGGUGUAGCUCCAGUUCUAAUUUGGGGUUUUCAGUUAAGAAGACUCUCUAACUGUCCAAUAUUUGGGAUGUAUAAAUGAUUACAAUUAUUGCUGCAUGAGGUCAGAAUCAUGUAUUUCUUCUUUUCGUUCUAGAGAUACUGAAUUGCUUGAAACUGAACCGAAUUACUGACCACGUUAAGUAUUUAUAUGAUUGUUCAGCAGAACCAUUGGCAAAUGCCACCAUUGGCAUAAGUAACAUAAUAUUCAUAAUACAAAACUUCUAUACUGAAUGUACAGAUCGAAUAUUGUCAUUAGAUCUGUUUGACCCAUUUUUGCCCACUCUAGACUUUGUGCAGAAGUGCCUCAUUUCUUUGAACAAUUCUGUUUUUAUUUAUUGACCCUGAAGUAGUCUCUGUUUCACCAGGGGCUUUUUUGCCAUUAAAUUCACGUUAAUUCAUCAGGUGCGUCUCUUUAACGUCUAGUAGUUUCUGAAAAACCAUAAUCAAAAUUGAUGACAGAUUCAUCAGGUUCCCUCAUUACCAGCUGUUACGUUUACUUUCCACAGAGAACCUAAUAAUGUAUCAUCGUUUCUCACACUGGACUGGAAUUCUUGACUUGUCUUAAUACUAAGUGUACUUUUAUGUUCUUUCCUGUUAGAAGUGCUAAAAUGCAUCCUGCACAUGGACCAAAGGAAUUCUCCUUGAAAAUGCAACCAUUCUGGGCCUCAUGCACAAUGUAUGAUUGUUGAUUUCAUUAUCUUUAUUUCUAUAUGUAGAAUUCUUUACUUGAACGUAAGUUAGUCCCGUUGAGAGAUUUGCUGGACGGAAUGCUAGCAAUACCAAUAUUUAUACAAUAAAUUCACUUCAGACCGGUAUCUUUUAUCACAUUGUUCCUAUGGUAUGUGAACCAAUGUAAGGUGAAAAAAAUAAGCAAGCGAAUGGAAACUUACAGUACAAUCUGGAAAAAAUAAACUUUUAUGUAAUUAA